AUGGCCAGGCUGGAACGGCUGCAGCUGAACAAGCUGAAUUCAUCUGCCCACAACGCUGCUGCUAGCCGCAGCUCUGCCUUAGCUAACCAUGAACCGAAAUCCAGCUACACUCAGGGCAAGAACAAGGCUAAACCCAGCCCAGUUUUCUGGAUGCAGCCGUGCCAUGCUCCUCCGCAGGCAGUACAGGCUCCGCAGGUGGCUGUAACGUCUCCUCUCCCCGCAGCUACCGGGCUGAUGAUCGGGUGCCUGAUCUACCCCGACGGCUGGGACUCGAGCGAGGUGAAGCGCUUGUGCGGGGACAAGACGGACAAAUACACGUUGGGCGCCUGCACCGUGCGCUGGGCGUACAUCCUCUGCAUCAUCGGCAUCCUCGACGCCCUCAUCCUCUCCUUCCUGGCGUUCGUGUUGGGGAACCGGCAGGACAACCUCCUCCCGUCCGAUUUUAAAGUGGAAGAGAAAGGUAAAGGCGGCUGGGGCCAAGCUCCAAGCCCCGUCCUGCUGCGCAGCAUUUCCAGCCCAUGGCUGGUGGUUGGGAGGAUGGUGAAGAGGGCAAUGACUGACGGAGCUGAUCGCCACGAAAGUGCAGCCCACGCUGAUUUUUUUACCGUUUCUCCCCACCACGUCAUGUUGCUGGUGUAUUUUGGUUACUAA